UAACAAAAAACAACAACAAUUUUUUUGGUUGUUGUUGUUAGCUAACACUAAGAGGAGGCUAAGAGGCUAAGAAUUAAGAUUGAGGGUAGAUUCGUUCUUUCUUCUCCUUCUUCUUCUUCCAUGGCAGUUUCAUCGCGCCCUUUCUUCCUCUCUCGUCUCACAGACCUCUCACUCCACAACCCUCUCCACCCUCCAAAACCCCCACUCCCUUCUCCUCCCAUAUUCCUCCGCCGCCGCCUUCUAACCACCCGCUGCCUCGUCUCCGGCGGCGUUGACGGCUUCUUCUCCUCCGACGACCUCGUUUCCACUCGCAAGUCCACCUUCGACCGAGGCUUCACCGUCAUCGCCAACAUGCUCCGCCGAAUCGAGCCUCUUGAUAACUCCGUCAUCUCCAAAGGUGUUUCUGACUCCGCCAGAGACUCCAUGAAGCAAACCAUUUCCACCAUGCUAGGGUUACUCCCUUCCGACCAAUUCUCCGUUACUGUAACCGUUUCCAAGCAACCACUUCACCGUCUUCUUGUCUCUUCAAUCAUCACUGGGUACACUCUGUGGAAUGCGGAGUAUAGAAUGUCCCUGAUGAGGAAUUUUGAUAUAUCGCCGUGUAUAGUCGAAGAUUCCAGUUGUGAAUUGCGUUCAGAGGAAGUGAAGGAUGGAGGAGAUGACAUGAAGAGUGAAGUUGAUUCUGAAAUGAGAUUAAAGGAUUUGGAAAGUUGCAGCAGUAGCAGCCCUAGAGUUUUUGGAGAUUUGCCUCCUCAAGCUCUGAAUUACAUUCAGCAGUUGCAGUCUGAGUUGACAAACAUGAAGAAGGAGUUGAAUGCACAGAAACAGGAAAUAAUGCAGUUAGAGUACGACAGAGGAGUCCGUAACAAUUUGUUGGAAUAUCUUCGGUCACUGGAUCCUGAUAUGGUGGCUGAACUGUCUAGGCCUUCAUCAAUAGAAGUGGAAGAUAUAAUUCACCAACUUGUUCAGAACAUAUUGGGAAGAUUCUUUGGGGAUGAUGUCAGCGCCAAUUUUCUUGAACAAUCAGUAGAAGGAAAUGUAGAUAAUCACCUAGACAGCAGUGAUGAGUUUAGCGAUACAGUAGGAACUUCUCGGGAUUACCUAGCAAAGUUGCUUUUCUGGUGUAUGCUAUUGGGUCAUCACUUAAGAGGGUUGGAAAACAGAUUGCAUCUUAGCUGUGUUGUUGGAUUGUUGUAGAAAAGAAUGUGGAAGGCAUGUAUAUUCUUUUUUCUUCCUCUUUUCUUUUCAUUUUUUUCCCUUCUCUAUAAUAACAGUGAUAUCAAUCAAUGAAAAACUCAAAAUGUAUCAAAAUAAUAAAAAAAAGUCAUCUUUCUUUUAGUACA